GUGUAGUUGAGUGAGAGGCACCUUGGUCCUCCAUGACUUACACUGCGAGUAAUUCUCACAUGGGGCCCUCUCUUCAUCAUCCCUUUUUUCCAGCCCCUUUUACCCUGUAGAACUCCGGAUGGGCGCGCCUAACCUUCUAUGACGUCGAGGCCCUGCUGCGUGUAGGAAGAUCCUCAAUUCUUUCCGUCAAUCCUCGCCCGCCUACCCUCAACUGUCAGCCAGCCCUGUGCCAUGAGAGCCCUGAGACCACCCAAUUGCGGCGCGGCCGCGCGCAGGCUGGCAGUCCGCCCUGCUGCGGCAUCGGCGCCCCGCUGUGCCGCCUGCUCGCGCGACGCCGGACAGCGGCGCGCGAUAUCCCACCGGCCCCCGUCGUGGAGGCCGCUGUCCGCCCUUGACGAGUGCGUCUCCCCGACCUGCCGUUAUUUCUCUAACCACGCAGCCGUGCAGCCCGGUGGUGGUGAUGCUAGUGCUGGUGGUAACAGGGCUGGCGGCAGCGGCGACUUUGGAGAUGUCGUCUUGCAACGUUCCUGGGCUCACGUGGCGAGUGUGCUGGAAAGAUGGGUAGCAAAGGAAGCCCGUCCCGUCAGCCUGCGCCAGCUCAUGUUCUUUGGACGCUCCCUGACCGAGCCGCGCCUUCUGAGCUCCGCAAACUACGUGCGCACCGAGCUGCCGACAAGAUUAUCGCACAGGAUAAGAGAUAUGCAGCUCCUUCCUUACAUGGUGGUGUCCAAUUCUCACAUCGCCGAGGUGUACAAUAUGUACUGGAAUGCCUUUGACACCUUUCGCAAGGUCAAGGAGAUCGAAACCCUGGAGGACAACGAGAACUUCUGCAAAAUCAUCAGCCAGAUGCUCAAAACCCACCUGGCCGUCAUCCCCAAGCUCGCGAUGGGCGUGCUGGAAAGCAGCGCACUGAUGGACCAGGAUGAGCUGAACAAGUUUAUGAACAGGAUCCUGCAAUCUAGGAUUUCCCGCCGCGUCAUCGCGGAGCAGCACCUCGCCCUGACAGACGGCUUCAGCAAGGGGCAGCGCCACCAACACCAACACCGCCAGCACCACCGCCACGGCCCCUCAUCCGCCGCCCCAUCCUCCCCGUCAGCCGAGCCCGACUUCGUCGGCAACGUCCUGGUCAAGUGCGUCGCCAAGGACGUCGUGGAGCGGUGCGGCGCCGCCGUCAAGGAGCUGGCGCGGUCCGCGCACGGCCCGGACGUGGUCCUGCCCGAGAUCCAAGUCGAGGGCGACCUGGGCGCGAGCUUCCCCUUCAUCCUCAGCCAUCUUGAGUACAUUGUGGGUGAGCUGCUGCGCAACAGCGUCGACGCCGUCGUCGAGCGCUCCGCCAGGAGGGGGCAGCAGGAGCAGCAACAGCAGUCGCCGCCGCCCCCGCCACCCAUAGAGGUCACCAUCUGCGAGUCGUCGCAGCACGUCAUCGUCCGCGUCUCGGACCAGGGCGGCGGCAUCCCGCGCGACAUGCUCCCCUACCUGUGGUCCUUCAGCAAGGGGCCCCACAGCGGCCGCCUGCUCGGGAACCUGGGCAAGGUGCCCAAGCUGUCGGCCACGCUGCAGGAGGUGCGUGUCGAGGCCGAUUACAACUACCAGCGGCCCGAGGAGGCGGAGGAGCAGCGGGCUGAUCAACAUGGACGCCCGGGCGCCACCGCCGCGCCGUCGCCGUCGUCGUCGUCCCUGUCGUCGCUCUCGUCGAGGCCGCCGAACCUGAGGCUCGGCAUCGGACUGCCGCUCAGCCGUGUCUACGCCGAGUACUGGGCCGGCAGCCUCGAGCUGCACAGCCUCGAGGGCUACGGUGUCGACGUCUUCCUCCAGAUCUCCAAGCUGGGGAACAAGAACGAGCAGCUCACCACCAGGGCGAGCAUGGAUGCUGUGUAGUGGCAGCACCGCGAGGCCCUGGGGAGGUUGGAUCUUGUACAUUGAGGGACAGACAGAGACGCUCCAAGACGUGUAAUUGAUACCCUUUUUUCUUGCCAUUGUUUUCGGGGAGUUGGUGGCGCUAGCUGGGGAGGUACAAAAUGACUUUUGUCAAUGGUCUCAUUCGUGUUCGUCCGGCGCACUCGAUCCUGCGAGUAUUGGAGUAUUAUUAAACUGAACAGCCAUUCUCCAUUAUACUGGUAUCAUAAAAGAAAGGCUGAAUUACAUCACGACUAAGACUUGGAGAUGGAAAAACAGGGGUUGCGUGGGAACAGAGUCUCACACUGGGAAGAAACGAAACAGAAAAAGCGUCCGAACCACGAACCGCCCCAGCCACCAUGCGGUUCCUUCCAACCAUGCACUACGGGG